AUGGACGUCCUGAACAAACUUCGUAAUACAGUCAGUAACACUAUCAGCAAUACCGUCCAGAAUACGGCGUACGGUUUGUCACAAUUGUCCAGCGUUCUGCCGGGCAACCCAGUUACCAGAGAAUUCGAGGCGACCGCGCAUGUGGCCAGUGCUGGGCCAGGAUUGUUGUGGAAGAUCUACAGUGGUUACAAGAAGUCAACCAAGCAGGAAGCAGCAAUCUUUGUCUUCGAGAAACGCAUGUUGGAGAGAUGGUCGUCCAAGGCGGAUCGCGAACUCGUGCUAGAAACCCUGAAGCGAGGUGUAAUGCAGCUGACAAAACUGAGACACCCACAGGUUCUGACUGUACAGCAUCCACUGGAGGAGUCGAGGGACAGUUUGGCAUUUGCGACUGAACCAGUAUUUGCUAGUCUGGCUAAUGUAUUAGGUAACUAUGAGAAUAUACCUCAACCGACUCCAAUAAAUUUGAAAGACUACAAAUUACACGACAUAGAAAUACGUUAUGGAUUGCUGCAAUUGGGAGAAGGUCUGGCGUUUUUGCAUGGUGAUGUGAAACUGUUACAUAGAAAUUUAUGCCCUGAGUCUAUUGUUAUUAAUAUUCAUGGGGCUUGGAAGAUAUUUGGUUUUGACUUCUGUGCCUUAAAUCAAAGUUCAGACAGCAAACAGCCAUCAUGGCCAUAUCUGGAAUAUGAUUCUACAUUCCCAGCAGUUGUGCAACCUCAUUUAAAUUAUCAAGCGCCUGAAUGCAUAUUAGCGAGUAGCAAUGGACCACCUAGUGAUAUUUUUGCUUUGGGCAUGCUAAUAUACACAAUACAUUCUUCAGGACAUCAACCACUUCAAGAAUUUCACAAUGAUUUAGGAAAAUGUCGACGUUUUUUGGAAAAUUUCAAAGGAUCCAAUGUUUCGGCAAAGUUGCUUCCAAUCCCUGAGACUUUAAGAGAUACUGUAAAACUUAUGCUAAGUCAUAAUCCCGAAUUGCGAUUGGAUGCUCAUCAAUUUAUUAAAAUUGAAUAUUUUACUGACAUUGGUGUUAAGACAUUAAAUUACUUGGACAAGUUAUUCCAAUGGGAUAAUCUUCAAAAAUCACAAUUUUACAAAGGUCUCCCACAACUAUUAAAACAAUUGCCACAUAGAGUUGUGCUGCACAGAGUAUUGCCUGCUCUUUAUAAAGAGUUAGUUAAUCCACCCAUGAUACCGUUUGUAUUACCGAGCAUAUUGCAAGUAAUGGAAGCAACGGAGGUAGAGGAAUUCCGAGAACAUAUCCUACCUAAUCUGAAACCUGUUCUUGCUUUAGAAGAUCCACCACAAAUUAGUCUAGUUCUCAUGCAACAAGUAAAUUUAUUAUUGAAAUUGUGUCCCAUGGACGUCAUUAAGACCGACAUUGUGCCUAUGUUAUUGCGGGCAUUGGAAUCCGAAUGGGAACAGCUCCAAGAGCUCUGCUUAUCGGCAUUGCCGAACAUAGUAACGACGAUCGAUGGACCAGUCAUAAAAAAUGCCAUACUUCCGCGAAUGAAAAAAAUAUGUUUGUCAUCUGGAAAGAAAUCUACUAGUCUUGGAAUACGCGUUAAUUGCUUGCUGUGUCUUGCGAAAAUGUUGCCAAGCUUUGACCGUUGGCUGGUGUUCGAUCAGAUAUUACCGUUCCUACAAGAAGUUCCUCAUUCUGGCGAGCCAGCUAUUUUAAUGGCUAUUAUUGGUAUUUAUAGGAUGUUACUUACUCACAGUAAGUUAGGUAUGGGCAAAGAAAUAUUGGCGACGAAGGUAUUACCGUUUCUGUUGCCUCUUUGUAUAGAACAAAAUCUUAGCAUGUCUCAAUACGAAAUACUUUCUACGCUGGUCGUCGAUAUGAUAAAUCGAGUAACUAGUGAACACCGAGAAGCAUUACGACAACUGGACGCUGUGCGUCGUGAGACACAACAAUUCGAUCAGGCGCUUUCACAAGUAGUGUCGCCUAGCUUUAUGCAAAACAACGGUUUAAGCGACAUUAAUUUAACGCCUCAAGUUUCCUCUCCGAACGCUAAUUCUAAAACUGUAAAUAUUGAAAAUGGACUAACCAUGGAAGAUAAAUUCAGAUUAAUUCAGCAACAGGAAACACAUCAAAGAUUACAGUCUCAACCUAUAUUGACUCCGAAAGCUAUAUCACAACCUGUAAAAUCGCAACCGAAGGAUUUAACUGCGACUUUGCUGAAAAACAAUCUAGAUGAGCUAAAUCUAUCUAUGUCAAAAGCGACUAUGUCACAACCGGAUUAUUUGGCUACUAAAAACACUCCAUAUAAAUAUAACGACGCAAUUAAUCUAUCGCAAUCGCAAUCACAAUCGCAAUUUUUAACGUCUCCAACGCAAGCGAUGUCGAAUAGACCAAUGAAUUGGAAUUCCAAUGGAAUGAACGUGCCAAUGAACUGGAAUUCUCCACAAUCCAUGAUGUGGAACUCUAUUAUAACCCCCCAGAAUAAUAUGAAUUUUACGACGCAACCAGAAAUUAAACCAAACUUGAACUUUUCCGCAACUUUGCAGCCUUUCAUGUCACCCACUAAUACGCAAACUAAUGCAAACAAACCAAAUUCCUCCACACAAGAUAUCAUGGAUUUGCUUAGUUAAUAGGUUAAAUUAGUGUUAAAUAAAAAUUUUAAAUUAUCGAUAAAAUGAUAGACAACUACAUUGUUAGAGAGUAAUAUGAAAAUAUUACAAUAACUGUAAUAUAUACAUAUUCUUCUCGUCUGAUGGAAUUUCUGAUAACAUCAAAGGUGAAAGUCAUCUUUGAUAUAUAAUAAGAAAAAAUGUAAAAAAGAAACAUUUUUUAUAUUAGCACAAGCAAUCAAAGAUUGCAAUAUUAGACCAAUAUUAAAUAAUGUUUUUAUUGAAUACUUAUAUUGAGGCUGUUUCGCGUAGAGUAAUUCAACUGCAGAUCAAAUUGCAUCUUAAGAAAUCUUGAGGAAAAAGUUAUUAUCGGAGAAGAGUAUAUUUAUUUAACAUAAAACUAAUACAUUCAUAUAGUAUUUUUCAAAUAAACACUCGUCUUGAUAGUAUUCUUUUUUUGUCUCCAAUGUUUAAGAUGUUUACGAUCGGACUUUAUAUAGUCUUGUGUAAAUUGUCAGAAUAUCACAUAUUCUGUAUAUCUAUAUUUCUUAGUUUAACAUCAUUUAUCAAUGUUAUUGAUAAUUAAAAAGUUUAUAUAUGUUGUAAUUCUUCUUUGAGAUCCUCGUCAGUUGUAAUUGUAUUUCCUGUUUUAAUAUUUAUAAAUCAUUAAAUAGAUAUUUCUGAAUAUAUUUGAAGUCAACCGUGAAUAAAUAAUAUUAAAUUAAUACUGUACGCUAAAUAUGAAACUAGUUAUAAGUUACUACUACUGAAUGAAGAGUAGUAACUUCGAAUGUGAUAAUAGAGUGGAAGUCACAAUUUUUUAUACAAAAAUAUAUGUUUUUAUCGUGAUUUAAUCGCCAUACUUCCUCAUGCUUCGAUGUAUAUAUAGCUUGCUCGUGGGAUGAAAGGAAAAUUAAUGUAAAAAUUAUUUAAUAAAGGCAUUGCUCAUUCCAGUAUUGUGGACUGCCAUUUCUAUUCCAUACUUCAUGAUUUACAUUAAGAUUAUGUAUAUAUAUAUAUCAUUCUGUAAAUCUUAUUAAUACAACUGUUGUCUGCUAUUUACUUUGUUUUUAUUGUAUCACAGAAUUUAUAUAAACAUGUAAACUUUGCAGAAAAAAGUGUAUUUUGUAAUAUAUUUCUGUAUUAUUAUGAAAUAAUCAAAUGUAUGUUUUAGGCGAUUAAAUAAGGGGCGAUUAAAAUAAUUCAUUAAUUUUAUUCGAAAUUUUGUGCAUGAAAUAUAUGUCAUGUCUAUAUAUUUUAAGUUACUGUAUAAACUUCUUUCGUCGUAUAUAUGUGCUAUUGAAAUAAGUUCACAUGAAGUUGUAAAAAGAAAAGAAAGUAUAAAUUGUAUGUACACAUUUGUAAUAUUAUCCUAAAUUUAUUUGUUGUUUAUUCUGUUGUUGAGUACGAUUGUUAAUAAUUGGUGUUUAAAUCUAAUAAAAAGCUGCUUAAAAUGUUACCGCUUAUAACACUUAAA